CGAACGAAAGACAAUGGAGAAGGUCAUGCUCUUUUGUGUUUUUUCCUACUUGACUGUUCAGAUCACUUCGAGCGAUGUUUCAGAACAUGAUGUGAGUCUGUUAAGAUUGCGGCUGAAUGAAAGCAUCUCUCUGAACUGCAGCAUGACCGACACAUAUGAAAUAGCCUGGUAUCACCAGAAUCCUGAGUCUGGACGACUAACACUACUGAUAUUUGCCAUGGGCCGCACAAAAGAGCUAUAUACAAUUGAUCAAAACAGUCGCGUGAGAGUUAAAGUAGAUAUGUGGAGCAAAACAAUCUCACUACUUAUUUCUGGACUGACAGAGUCAGAUUCAGGUCUUUAUUUCUGUGGAACAAAAUCAAAUCCAGUUUCAGAAAUGCACUUUGAAAAACCCAUCAGAAUACAGAUCGAGGACAAGCUGACAGACAGAGAGGACGAAGCUCAUUCUGAUGUUGCGAUCACAGACGAGGUGACGCUGACGGAGCGUGUGAUUAUAUUCGGUGGUGUUGGUCUGGCUGUGCUGGUGUUUUUUCUGGCUAUAAUCAUUGCAGGAAGAAACAUUUACUAUCACGGCUGGCAGAAAGGAUGGAUCGCAGCCGAACAUGCUGGUCUGAAUGUUCAAAAUUCACCUAAAUGACACAUUUGUGAGGUUUAUUAUCACAAUAAUCAGCAUUUUUGUACGUUACACCAGUGGUGGCUCACGAAUGUGAUUCAGAUGUGUUUCUGUCGGCCAGAUCUCACUUAGACGUCUGUUGUGGCAAAGCUCUGGAGGAGCAUUAACAUGUAGCUACACAUAAUCUGAGUUCAUGAGAAAAUAUAAAUGUCAUCUGUUUCAUGGCAUAGACAGCAGUAAAACUAAGAAAUCAUGCCACGUCGUAUUUUUGAUGAAAAAGUAUAGAAAUUAUAAUUUUUUUCAAAUGUG